AUGGUUGGACCUAGGAGGACGUCCAGAAAAACAGGCAUCAAGAAAGAGGAUAUCAAGAAAGAGGAUAUCAAGAUAGAAACAGACGCCUUGGAGGAACCUGAUGCCUGGAAAGGCGUUCCUAGUACUGAGGCUAAACCUAAGAGAGAGCAGUCAACCUCUGACCGCUCCGACUCCGACCAUAAACUCCAGGAGAUACCUGACGAUGAGACCAUUCUUCGCAACAUUGACCGAAAGAACCUCGCGACUGACGACAAGGUCAAGAUCGAAAAAGAGCUACAGCUUGACGAUAAUAUCUUGCGGGACCGCUACACCUCAGCCGAAGCGUUUGACCCUAUCAAGGUCGAGUUAGAUCAGGAUAUCCAGGGAGUACUGGUAUCCCGGGCGUAUAUAUCGCACUACUUCGGUGGAAAUAGGCAGCUCGUGCACCCACCCGUGUCGAAGGAGAAGUACGACAAUCCAGGGGCAGGGCUUAACGACUUCAUGUUUUUGGAUCUCGAGAAUCACCCUAGUGCACCAACCCGGCCAGGACAACACGGCAUCUGGCACGAAAACGCUGUUUGCGAGUACCGGGACCUUACAAUAGACCCUGCAGUCGCAGAUUUCAUGGAAAUCAAACUACUCAAGGAAACAAGGAAACCAUCAACGACAGCGCCGGUAAACACCUCGGGCAUUUAUCGAGUACAUGUUGGAGGUUACGCGGGUACAAACAAGCGAAAGUGGAGAUACGCCGGUCAGUAUGAACUGCCCGUGGCUGUUCCAUUGACGCCUGAAGAGCUGAACGAUCACCCCGAAAAGUUUAUAUCCGGCUGGGUCAACUGGUUUCAGAAGAAGUCAUGGAGCUUAGACAUUCGCUUCCGCGUGAAGUACCGUCGCAUAUAUGGUCGAGAGCCAAGCGAGGAGGAGGAGACUCACCUUCUGGCGCUUGUAAAGGCCAAACUUGUUUCUGCGAGUGAUUGGGAUGUCAGCGCUGAUUGGAUCCGGGAAGACCUCAACUCGGGCGUAGAGCGUCUCGACGUGCACGUCAUGAAAUGCGUUGACUACGAUGCAGACUACCAGCGCAAGAUCGCAGUCGGAAUGGAAAAUCAUAUCAAAAAUCCGCCCCCUCCAGAGGACGAAACACGCACGCCGAAAGCCGCAGCGACUGGGGUCAAAGGAAGGAAGCGCGCCCCAUUGACUCCCGCUAAGUCCAAGUCGAGUAAGAAAAGGCGCAUUAUCACACCGUCUGAUGAUGAGGAGGAAGAGGCGUAUAUUCCCAAGUCCAGGGGGACGAAGUCGCGCCCCAAGUCCACGUAG